AUGGCUGAGGGAUCCGUGGCAAAUCUCAGAAGUCGGGUACUACGCAGUAACACUGCUUCACAAGAUAUCGAAAAGGAUAGAACCAAGUCAAAGAAACGAGCAAAACCAAUUGAAGAAGCACCCUUUGAAAAGGUUGUUGAUGAUAAGGUGUGUGCGAGUGUUCAGGACGUUGUGAAUUCAAAAGCGCCUUCGGAAGCGCCGCGCGGAAACCUCUUGAAGCUGCUGGAUCAGCAUAUCAUCAAGAAGAAAGCAAGAACGUCGAAGAAAUCUAGCCAGAAAAAGACGGUCAAGCAAUCCCGCAGACCCAUCAGGGAGAGGCCUCCAAUCUCACCUUCCAAAAUCGAUCAUACCUUUGCUCCAAGGCCACAAGACGUGGAUUAUGAUCAAUACACUGAUCAGCAGCUACGGGAACUGGUUGGUGAUGUUGGGCUAGAUGCUGACGGGUUACCCAGAACGGAACUUGUCAAGACUUGUAAAACCUACCAAGACUUGAUUGUUCUACCCCCCGUUUUACCCUCCUUCACAUUUAGAAAAUCGCGGCACGCACCUUUGGAAGGCCGAUCGACUCCUGAUGAGACCACCGACUCAGGUAAAGGAAACGUGCCUAUAGCUGUGCUGGCAGUAAAUCCAUAG